AUGAGUGAAAAUAUCAAUGUUGGUUGGAUAGGUUUAGGCGCUAUGGGAAGUGGAAUGAGUAGUAGCUUGGUCAAAUCAGGAUUCAAAGUACAAGCAUAUGACGUGUGGAAACCAUCUCUCGAAACUGUAGUAAAAGCAGGUGCGAUAGGAUGUGAAUCGCCAGCCAAAGCAGCUGAGAAUGUACAUGUAUUGGCAUUAAUGGUGGUUAACGCUAUGCAAGUUGAAGAUGUCUUAUUUGGCAAAGGUGGUGUUGCAGAUGUACUUCAAAAAGACUCUGUCAUAAUCUGUUUCUCAACUGUUCCACCUGCUUUCCUCGUCACCAUUUCCGAGAGAUUAGAUGCUUUAGGAAAAAACAUUGGUUUAUGUGAUUGUCCCGUUUCUGGAGGAUCUACUCGAGCUGCUACGGGUGAAUUAACAAUAAUGACUUCUGGUACAUCAUCAUCGAUUGAUCGUGCCAAACCGGUCCUGGAAGCACUCACCCAAAAACCAGUAGGAGCACUUUCGGUAGUAGGAGAUAAAGUUGGUAUUGCCAGUGAUUUUAAAUUGAUUAAUCAAGUGUUCUGUGCUGUACAAAUAGCAUCUCAAGGUGAAGUGAUUUCAUUAGCUAAGAACUGGGGAUUGAACGUUAGAUUGGUUUAUAAUGUUGUUAGAACCGCUUCGGGUGAUUCAUUCAUGUUCGGCCACAGAGUCCCUUGGUCAUUGAAUCACGAUGGAAUUCCUAAAUCAGCCAUGACUAUCAUCGCGAAAGAUAUAGGAAUCGUGAUGGAUGAAUCAAGACAACUAUCUUUCCCAGCACCUUUAUGUAGUGCCGCAGAACAGAUUUUCACAGCUGGUAUAGGAGCUGGAUUAUCGAAAGUUGAUGAUGGAUUGAUAUCUCAAUUAUGGGAAAAAUUAGGUGGUCAAUCUGUAGCUGAAAAGGGGACUGUGGAAGAAGAGGAAUCAAAUGCUAAAGAAUUAAAUAUAACCUCUCUCUCAGAAGGGGAAAUCAAGAAAAUAUUGGUUGUUGGUUUAGGUGUAAUGGGAUUAUCAAUGGCAUCGGCUCUACUUUCCAAAGGAAUACAAGUCGUUGGCUACGAUGUCAACCUUGAAUCAAUGGAUAAAUUCUCAAAACAAGGCGGUAAAGUUACCAGUGAUGUGAUUCAAGCUGCCAAGGAAACUGAAGCGGUUUUAUUGGUCACCAAUACCGCUAAACAAGCUGAAAGUGUUUUAUUCGGUGUAGAUGGUAAAUCAGGUAUAGCUUCGAGUUUACCAAAUGGAAGUACGAUAAUCAUAUCAUCAACGAAUGCACCAUCUGAAGUAAUCAACCUCCAAAAACUCCUAGAUGAUCUAUCCAAAGAUUUACAAAUAGUUGACGCACCUAUAUCAGGCGGACCAUCAAGAGCUUCCAUUGGUGAUUUAGCUAUAUUCGCUUCUGGUCCUGAAUCAUCAUUAUCAAAAGUACAUUCAAUCUUAUCAACUUUAUCCACUUCUAAAGGAAAUGUUAAAAACCUUCAUUAUAUUCCAGGCGGUAUAGGUAAUGGAUCUAAAAUUAAACUUAUCAAUAAUCUUUUGGCUGGUAUACAUUUAGCUGUAGCUGCUGAAGCUAUGGCUUUUGCUAAAUAUAAACAAAUGGAUUUGGAAAAAGUUUUCUCAGUGGUUAAAGCUGGUGCAGCAUACAGUUAUAUGAUGGUUGACCGCGUACCACGAAUGUUCAAUCCCCCUUCUACGCCACAUUCAGCCACUUCCACUCUGGUCAAGGAUCUCACAAUCGUUAUUAAUGAGUCGAAGAAAUACAAUACUCCGUUAUUCUUGGGUCAAGCUGCUUUGUAUCAAUUCACAAGGGCAGUGUCAAAAGGAUGGGCUGCAGAAGAUGAUAGUGUCCUUGGAAGACUAUGGGAAGAUAUGGGAGUCAGUUUGAAGUUGUAA